AAGGCUAUUUCAGUGUCUGAUGGAUUUUAUCGUUUAAAAGCAGUUGUGGAAUAUCCAAAUGGAUCAAAACGCACAUUUUUUACAGCAAACAAAGCAUGUAAUUUACUCAGUAGCCAAUUAAACGAUGAACUAUGGAUUUCUAUUGAUGCCAAUGGCUACGUUAACGCACUGUCUUUGUCAACUUCUGACGGAGAUUUUACGGAUUGUUCAAUGUUAGAUUUUUCCAAUUUGUCUACGACCAAAUUCAAUACAGAGGUGUUGAUUAAACAUACUGAACUUGCUCCAAUACCAGACACGGCAAGUUUUAUUCAAAAAAUUGAAAGAGAACGUGAAGCAAGAGAGCGUGGGGAAAAUAAAGACAACAGGGGAUUCUUUGCAAAAUAUUGGAUGUAUAUCGUUCCUGUUGUGCUGUUAGUAUUUAUAUCUGGAGCAACUAAUCCUGAACAACAAAAAUAAGUUUUGUAAUCUUAUAAAUACCAAAUAUACUAAUGGGUAUUUCCAUUUUAAAAUAUACAUAUAAAUAAAAAAAUUAGAAAAAUAA